AUGGCUUCCGCCGCUGAAAGGAGAGAAGCAAGGAGGCAAAAAAUCCUUCAGAAUUCUGAAAAUCGUAUGAAAGUAUUACUCGGAGAAAAAACAGACACUCAAAAUGUGAGGGAAACACUCAACAGUGAAGCUGAAUCAGAAAAUGUUACAUCAGCUCAUGAAAGCUCACUUAAUAGAAGGUUACAUGAACCAGAUAUUGUAAAACCCAAAGAACUAGAUGAAGUAUCAACAGCUUCUUCAGCUGUUCCAGAUGGUGACAUCCCAAGACUUUUAUCUUCUAGAAAGGGAUCCCCAACAGUUAAAAUUCAAAAACUCUCACCUGUGCCGAAGGAAAUUCAUGAACCCACUGUAAAUGUCAAGAAGGUCCCAGAGGCCAAACCUGAAGAACUAUGGAAGAUUUUCGAUUUAUUACGAUUUGGUGCAAUGAUUUUGUUAGCUGUUGUUGUAAGAUGGCUGUUAUCCUAUGGUUUUGGAUUAUUUUAUGUUAAGUCCAUUUUUAUCCCAUUUAUUGCUACAGAAAUUGCCAUUUAUGCCUUUCAACAGAUCAAUAUGCAGAAUAUUGUUUUGCCUCAAAAGGGAUCUCUUCUAUCUAGUGCCUUGAUGUUGUGUGGUAUAAAACCUGAUGUUAUUAAACUAUAUAAUCGUGUGAUGAGCUAUAUAUCAGCUAUAUCUGAAGAUUGUGCUAUUUAUCUAUUUACCUUUGUUCUAUGCAAUAUUGUUAUGGCUCUGCCUGAGGAAUAGCAGAUUUCUUACUAUUAACUUGGUUUGGUUCAACACCCCCAGUGAUUAUCUUGUAGAAUUUUUUUCUCAGCAAGUUUGAUAAGAAUCUACAAUAUUGUCAAUUAGAGAACAAUUCCUUGACCAUGUUGAAUGAAUAUCUGAAAAGAGAUCUUGCUCUUACUGACGGCAGAUAAAUGUCUUCUACUUGUUAUUAGUUAUCGCUAAAGGUAGUUAAAGAAGGCCCAAGAUCCUCAUUCGAUAUUCAACAUUUGUGAGUGCUGCCGUUUUAAACUAAAUGAAUCUAAACUUGAUAGGCAUUGUGAUAUCAUAACAGAAGGUUGCCCUUGCUGCUGAAUCAUCAAUGUGCGAACUUUUACAGUGAGGUUCAGUCUUGAUCAAUAGUGCGGGCACAAGAACAGUCUUGGUCACUGAUUUUUGUCGUCGACUCAAAUUUCGAGUAAAAAUAUAAAGUGAAGUGAAAAACCAUGGUUGACAGAAAAGGGUGGUACGAUUUUUUUUAGGAGUUGAGUGAAACAAGUACAAUGGUAAAUAAUAGAUUCCAGUUUGAUCCCCAUAAUGCAUCAUUCCUAGAGGUUUCCUUUUAGUUUAGGGUAGCGCUCAAUUGGUUAGUUCUGACUUUA